GGAUGCCCACGGUCCUCAUGCAUGGUGCCCCUGUAAGGCUGGCAUGCGCCCCCACCCUGCCUUGCCUCGGUCCUCAGCUCCACCAGAUCUGGGCAGGGGAUGCCAGUAGGGACCAGGGGCUCAUUGUGAUUGGGAAAAAGCUGAACAAGCAGUGCCCUGGACAAGGUUAUCAAGAGAGGAAUAUUUGCUUGAUCCCUGCCCAUUUCACCACCAGUGUUGUUGGAGCCAUUGGAAGUUACCAGAGUAUCUCCCCACACUCCCAGCUCCUCCAGUCGUCUGACGAUGGCGGAAUCACACCUGUGAGUCAGCACACCUCCUGGUCAGGGAUCCAGAGCUACACCACAGGCAUCUCCACUGAGCAAAGCUCCAUCUGCUCCUGGAGAGAUGAUGAGUUUGACAGGGCUAACACCCAGCUAGUGUGUCAGCUGUUUUCUGAUGUGGACGAGCUGCUGUAUGAGGGAAAGGUGAGCAGCAGGACACAGGCCCUGCAGGAGGAGUGCAAGGAGUGGAAUGGACACUCGCCCCAUCUGAGGAUUCUGGGAAAUCAGCUGGAAGUGCCUAAACAGGAAGGAUUUCAGUAUUUUCACAGGAUCGGUACCAGUGCCAGGAGUGCUCACUUACCUCCCACCCAAGACGAUGGGAAUGACACCAGAGAGUUGUGUAUUGAGGGACAUCAGCUGGUUCCCACCCCCUGUGUUCUACAUAGUGUUGUCAGUGAUAGACACACCCUCAAAGACCCCUCUGUCAGCUCCAUUUUUGAGGAGGAAGUUUAUGAAGUUGAAGGGAAAAUAGAAGAAUUCUUUGCCUUCGAUGUAAAGGAAACGGAUGAUGAAGGGGUGGAUCACAGGAAGGUCUGUGUGACGAUGCGGGGUGGUGUGCCACCAGUAUCACCACACGCCUGCAUUAAAGAUGCCGUGGCUGGCGAGAUGUUCGAUGACGUGUGGCGGGAGGUGGUGCACAUGCUGGAAGCAGAACUCUUACACAAACACUGGGAGAGUGAGCCUGCAGAUGGGGUCACUCAUAUGGGGACCUCAGAGGACUCAAGCAAAGUAGGGUGUGACCCUUCAUCCCACAUACUGACCAAAACCUUCAGCAGUCCUGCCUCUAGGGGCUCAGACUCAAGGAGCUUGUCCCUCUGGCCAAAUAUCAUCCCCAGACAGGCUUCUCGUGUAUCAAGUGCCUUUAAGAGUAGCUUAAAUGGUGUUAUGACGAUCCAGGCCAAACCUCUUCAACAAAGACAGCAUGGAUUUCCUGAUAAGUCUCAAUGUGAUCCAGAGGACAGACCAGGCAUGUUGAUGUUGACUGGCAGGGGACAGACACGGCUGAUGGAGCAAAGCUUCCUCUCCACUGCCAGGGGAACAUGUGCCUCCUCCCGCAGGCCUCAGGCCCAGCACAAACUCCCCAAACUCAGUGCCGAAACCAGGCCCUACCGCAGCAACGGGGUCCUACGAGGAACCAAGCUAUCCACUGUGACUGAGGGGCUGACCUCUCCCUCAGUGAGUGCUGUGCUGAAGCAGAGGUUUCCCCCAAUCCACUCAGAGACCCUAGAACAGGAGCUCUCUGUAUCUGCCUCCAGACAAAUGCAGCCUAGAGGGAGGGUCCUUCAGAGUCGCGUGGUCAGCGCAGUGCAGCCGGUGUCCAGCCUCCCGCCCCUCAGGGAACCCACCCUGCUGCUGGAGCCUCUGCCGAGACCCAACACCACGCACACGUUUUGGUCAGACACACCUAUAAAACGAUCCUUCACACCCAUGGAUUUCACCUGCCAUAUGCGUUCUGGGAGAGGACCUAUCACAGGUGAGCGCUCACACAUUGGGGUAACAGGCUUCAGUGUGGGGAUCACCUGCUCUACUGCCAAUAGCCUGUCUGAGUGUGCUGGAACACAGAGGAGACAGCCAAUCAACCCUCUCUCCUCUGAGGGGGAGGAAGGGGCAGGGCAACUGCCAUUGGGAACUCACCAUCAACGUAAAGCUUUCAGUCGGAUCCCAAACCAGGGCAAAAAGAAGCUUCAAGUGGUAUAAUCUUAGCACAGUCAAAGCAAUCAA